UUUGUCUUACCUGAUACAACCAACUACUAGUACAUGUGCCACCUUAAACUAAUUUUUGAUGAUUUCACAGACUAAGAAAGGUUUGGAGGACUCCAUCGGCAUGCACACGGUCCAAUGCUACAAAUGUGAGAAAUGGCGCAAGAUCCCAACGAAAAAGGAGUUCGAGACGAUCCGCGAGAGCUAGAGGACAUUCCGUUCGACAGCAGCUGCAUCUGGGUCAUGGAUAAGGCAGGCAUCCCGUGCCCGCCACCUGUGACGGAGCGGCUGGUGAUCAUGCGGCGUGACCUGUCCAAGAUGGACACCUACUACUUGCUGCCCAACGGGAAGCGCGUGCGGUCCGGCGGCGACGUGGAGAAGUUCCUCCAGGAGAACCCGGAGUAUAGGGUGAACCUGCCGGCAUCAAAGUUCUCCUUCGCCAUGCCCAAGACCGUUCCGGCGACUGUGGUAGAGAGCUCACUACGGAGGGUUGCCAAGGCCGAGGGAAAAGUUUGAGGAGAUGGACGUGUUCAGAUUCUGAUUACCGCUACCAUCUAAGCGGCAGCGGCAGCGGCCGCAACUAGGUACUAUGGAAGUAUGAACUUUAUGGAUGCCUCUGUGUCAUGCAUGGUGCUUAAUAAUGUGAUAGUUCUACAUCACAAUGUUUUAUCCUUGUUUUUUUUGAGUGUGGGUUGUUAAUCACUCUCAUGUUCUGAAUAAAACUGUUCACCUUCAUUAUA